GCGGCGGCGAGCGGGCGCCGGGCGGCUCGUCCAUCCCGCUGCCGCUGGCGUCGCCCGAGGAUUCGCCCCGCGGGACUCUGCCCCGGGCGGGCGGUGACAGCCGAGCCGGGGCAGCCCCGCCGCCGCCCUCGAUCUCCCGCCGGCCCCGAACGUCACCGAGGACAGCCUUAGGACCUUUUGGAUGGAAGACCUGUGGUUCUGUGUUCAUGUCAGAAUGACCUAGAUCACUUUGCCACUCUGUGGUUCCUACCGCAAGCGCUUGACUGCAGUGCAGUGGGAUUUCACCACCAGUGCUUGUGGACCAUCCAGAUGGCUGUAAACCUGCAGAGGAGACACAGAACGUGGCCUCUCAAACUGGAUUAAUACAACCUGUUGAUAUUUUUAUUUAUAUUUUUUUUAUUUUUGUAUUUGACUUAAAGUGCCAUGAAAAAAUUUGCAUAUUGCAAGGUGGUCCUUGCCACCUCUUUGGUUUGGGUCCUUCUGGAUAUGUUUCUAUUGCUCUACUUCAGUGAAUGCAACAAAUGUGAUGAGAAGAAAGAACGAGGGCUGCCUGCUGGAGAUGUUCCAGAACCCAUACAAAAACCACAUGAAGGACCUGGAGAGAUGGGGAAGCCUGUGGUCAUUCCAAAAGAGGAGCAAGAAAAAAUGAAAGAAAUGUUUAAAAUAAACCAGUUUAACUUAAUGGCAAGUGAAAUGAUUGCACUCAACAGAUCUUUACCUGAUGUCCGGUUAGAAGGUUGUAAAACAAAGGUGUAUGCAGACAACCUUCCCACAACAAGUGUUGUCAUUGUUUUUCACAAUGAGGCUUGGAGCACACUUCUACGAACUGUUCAUAGUGUGAUAAACCGGUCACCACGACACAUGCUGGAAGAAAUUGUACUUGUUGAUGAUGCCAGUGAACGAGACUUUUUGAAAAGACCACUGGAGAGCUAUGUAAAAAAAUUAAAAGUACCUGUCCAUGUGAUUCGAAUGGAACAGCGCUCUGGUUUGAUCAGAGCUAGAUUAAAGGGGGCUGCUGCUUCCAAAGGCCAGGUCAUCACCUUCUUAGAUGCUCAUUGUGAAUGUACGGUAGGCUGGCUCGAACCUCUGCUGGCAAGGAUUAAAGCUGACAGGAGAACAGUCGUGUGUCCCAUCAUUGAUGUAAUUAGUGAUGACACCUUUGAAUACAUGGCAGGUUCAGAUAUGACUUAUGGUGGUUUCAACUGGAAGUUGAAUUUUCGUUGGUAUCCAGUUCCUCAGAGAGAGAUGGAUCGACGGAAAGGAGAUCGAACUCUUCCUGUUAGGACGCCUACAAUGGCAGGAGGUCUUUUUUCAAUAGACAGAGAUUACUUUCAGGAAAUUGGAACAUAUGAUGCUGGAAUGGAUAUUUGGGGUGGAGAAAACUUGGAAAUUUCUUUCAGGAUUUGGCAGUGUGGUGGCACUUUGGAAAUUGUAACUUGUUCACAUGUUGGGCAUGUGUUCAGAAAAGCAACACCAUACACUUUUCCAGGAGGUACAGGGCAGAUAAUCAACAAAAAUAACAGGCGGCUUGCAGAAGUCUGGAUGGAUGAAUUCAAAAACUUUUUUUAUAUCAUUUCCCCAGGAGUUACUAAGGUUGACUAUGGGGACAUAUCAUCACGACUUGGAUUGAGACGCAAGCUUCAGUGCAAGCCUUUCUCCUGGUACCUGGAGAAUGUUUAUCCUGAUUCCCAAAUUCCACGCCAUUAUUUUUCUUUGGGGGAGAUAAGAAACGUGGAAACAAAUCAAUGUCUGGAUAACAUGGCAAGAAAAGAAAAUGAGAAAGUUGGAAUCUUUAACUGCCAUGGAAUGGGUGGAAAUCAGGUUUUCUCAUAUACAGCCAACAAAGAAAUUCGAACUGAUGAUUUGUGUUUAGAUGUCUCCAAACUUAAUGGCCCAGUAACAAUGCUCAAGUGCCACCAUUUAAAAGGAAAUCAGCUUUGGGAAUAUGAUCCAGUGAAAUUAACUCUGCUGCAUGUGAACAGUAAUCAGUGCCUGGACAAAGCCACCGAAGAAGACAGCCAGGUACCCAGCAUCAGAGACUGCAAUGGCAGCCGCUCUCAGCAGUGGCUACUUCGCAAUGUCACCCUUCCAGAAAUAUUCUGAGAGGUUCUAAAGAAAAUAAAGGAUUGACUGGGCUACCUCGGCAAAUACUUUGGCUACACUGUUAAGUAGCAACAGAAGGAAACUUCUCUGCAGAAUCCACAGUUUGCCACCUGUUAGAACUCCUGCAGCUUUUCUGUAGCUGUGAACCAGCCUUCCUGUAAAAGGAUGUGAAACUACCACAUAUACUAGUGAGACUGCGCCCACUGAUGUUUACAUGAUUGAAGGAGGUUCUUCUAGCAAAUCACGUAGAGAACAUUUGGACAGUGGAAACAUAAUCAAUGAAAUAUUCUUUCUGAGGAGCUGCAUAUCGUCGUAGUUUGCUUGCACAUCAGUAACCUCUGCUGAAAGUGCUGUUGUAAUGAAGAAAGUUCAAGACUUUUUUUUCCUGGUUAGCUGUGGUAACCAGACUACUAAAUACAGAUCUACAAAUAAGCAGAGAGCUGGGAAAUGGAUUCAAUAACAUGAGAUAAGAAUUCUGUAGUUUAAGGAGGAAAAAAAAAAAAAAAGUAAACAGGG